AUGUAUCCUCACUCGAAUUUGGUCCUCGUACUGGCUUUGUCUUACCCAUCGUUGCCACCGAUGUUCUUCUCCUGCGAGCGCGUCUGCGGCGGCCGCGACCCCGCGACGGACACGGUCCGCAUCGACCUCCCGCUGGGCCUGGCGGGCCCGGCGCCAGCCGGGCACGAGUCCCCGGGCGCGGAGCGGGAGCUCGACCGGGCGGCGGCGGAGCAGGAGGAGCAGGAGGCCCAGCGCCGCGCCGAGGAGGACGAGCGCCGCAGGGCGGAGGAGGAGGAGGAGGAGCGGCGCCGCGCGGAACUGCGCCGCGCCGAGGAGGAGGAGGAGGAGGAGGAGCGGCGCCGCCUCGCGCGCCUCGAGGAGGAGCAGGCGGAACUCGCGGAGCGAGAGCGCCGCGAGCGGGCGGAGGCGCUGGCGGCGCAGGAGCGGCGCGCGCAGGUGGGGGCCUUCCUGAAGGCGGAGGGCUUCGCGGGCGUGAGCGCCCCGAGGCGCAGGCUGCUCCAGAAGAGCUACCCGCUGCACCGCGCCGCCGAGCUGGGGAACGGCCAGAUGGUGGAGUACUUGCUGGCGGAGGGCGCCGACCCGUCCCAGAAGAACUCCUCGGGCCUCACGGCUGCCCAGGUGGCCACGAAGAAGAACAGGGGGGGCUCCCACGGCGGCGCGCUGAGGGCCCUCGGCGGCGCGUGA